AUGGUACGGGGAGCCACCAGUCCUGUCUGUCACCAAAGGAAAUCCGGAACUUCAGCCAAGGUAAUUUUACACGGGGAGAGGCCGUUCAUUUGCUCAGACUGUGAGAAUGGUUUCAGUGGGUCUUCUCAACUGAAUGUACAUCAGCGAGUUCACACUGAGGAGAGGCCGUUCACCUGCUCGGAAUGUGGGAAGGGAUUCACCUACUCAUCCCAACUGAAGAUACAUCAGCGAAUUCACACUGGAGAGAGGCCAUUCACCUGCUCAGACUGUGGGAAGGGAUUCACACAAUUAGCUGGCCUACAAGCACACCAGUCUGUUCACACUGGGGAGAGGCCGUUCACCUGCUCAGACUGUGGGAAGGGAUUCACUUCGUCAUCUCAACUGAAGGUACAUCAGCGAGUUCACACUGGGGAGAGGCCGUUCAACUGCUCAGACUGUGGAAAGGGAUUCACACAGUUAGCUAACCUACAAGCACACCAGUCAGUUCACACUGGGGAGAGGCCGUUCUCUUGCUCAGACUGUGGGAAGGGAUUCAAUUCAUCAUCUAAACUGAAAGUACAUCAGCGAGUUCACACUGGGGAGAGGCCAUUCACCUGCUCAGACUGUGGGAAGGGAUUCACACAGUUAGCUAACCUACAAGCACACCAGUCAGUUCACACUGGAGAGUGGUCGUUCAACUGCUUAGAAUGUGGGAAGGGGUUCAUUCGGUCAUCUCAACUGAAGGUACAUCAGUCAGUUCACUCUGGAGAGAGGCCAUUCACCUGCUCAAACUGUGGGAAGGGAUUCACUUUGUCAUCUCAACUGAAGGUACAUCAGCGAGUUCACACUGGGGAGAGGCCGUUCACCUGCUCAGACUGUGGGAAGGGAUUCACACAGUUAACUGGCCUGCAAGCACACCAGUCAGUUCACACUGGCGAGAGGCCGUUCAACUGCUCAGACUGUGGUAAGGGAUUCACACAGUUAUCUAGCCUGCAAGCACACCAUUUAGUUCACACUGGCGAGAGGCCAUUCACCUGCUCAGUCUGUGGGAAGGGAUUCACUCUAUCAUCUUGCCUACUGACACACCAGUCAGUUCACACUGGAGAGUGGCCAUUCACCUGCUCAGACUGUGGGAAGGGAUUCACUCGGUCAUCUCAACUGAAGGUACAUCAGCGAGUUCACACUGGGGAGAGGCCAUUCACCUGCUUGGACUGUGGGAAGGGAUUCACUUCGUCAUCUCAACUGAAAGUCCAUCAGCGAGUUCACACUGGGGAGAGGCCGUUCACUUGCUCAGGCUGUGGGAAGGGAUUCACUCAGUUAGCUACUCUACAAGCACACCAUUUAGUUCACACUGGGGAGAGGCCAUUCAACUGCUCAGACUGUGGGAAGGGAUUCACUCGGUCAUCUCAAUUGAAGGUACAUCAGCGAGUACACACUGGGGAGAGGCCAUUCACCUGCUCAGACUGUGGGAAGGGAUUCACACAGUUAGCUGGCCUACAAGCACACCAGUCAGUUCACACUGGGGAGAGGCCGUUCACCUGCAUAUUCUGUGGGAAGGGAUUCACUCAAUCAUCUCAAUUGAAGGUACAUGAGCGAAUUCACACAGGUGAGAGGCCAUUCACCUGCUCAGACUGUGGGAAGGGAUUCACUCGGUCAUCUCGCCUACUGACACACCAGUCAGUUCACACUGGAGAGAGGCCGUUAACCUCCUGUUAAUGUGGGAAUGUAUUCACUCAGUCAUCUAACCUUAUGUAACUCUCACUCCGGCUAGCAGCUUAAUAUAGGGGGUGAUAGCCCCCUAGCUCGGCCAAAUGUGUGUGGAUGCUGUGCCGCGUCCCCUGUUACAAAUCAAUACCCCAAAAUAACGAACAGUACAUAAGAUGUGAUUCAUAAUUCUUACUUUGACUAAAGGGUUAGUAAAGUAAAAAAAAGGGCCCACUCUCCCCAUUUGUGGCUUCUCAUCUCUCCACAACAAAAGCCCAUGAAAUUCUCUCAUUCAGACUCACAAGAAAGAACAUUUCUGUCAUUGGAUAGCCCAGCACUACAAAACCCUGUUAUCUCUAGUUGUAUCCUAAACAUUGCUGCUGCAGAGAAACCACUACCUCAGCAGUGAAACAUUACAGAGAGGUCAUUACAUUAGCAGUGAAACCUUACAGUGUGUUACACUUACAACACACUACCGGAUUCACACAGGGGAGAAAGUUUCAAUAAGCUUCAUGCUGGAUAUUUGUCCAUC